AUGUUGAAAUCAAUUGUAUGUGCUUAUAUAUUCCCCUUGUUUUGAUUUGUUUUGCUCUUAAUCGUAUGCAUCAUAUUGCAAUGAUCUGUUUUCCUUUUUAAGGUCGAAGAUGUGCCAGAGUUAGUGAAAGGAGAAAUUUACUGUGUGUCCUGUGGUGAAAACUUCAUUCAACCCAAAGGUGAGUGUCUCAAUCAUGAUUCUUUACGAACUCGUGCUAAUAAAUUUAUUUUUUCGCAUUAUCGGGAAACAUCAAAACUGAGUAACAAGAGUACUGUACCGUCUAUUAGGUACAGUGCUCUUCGUCUAAAGACAGUUUUUAAAACUGUGUUUUUUAAAGAAUAAAAAAGAGUUAUACAGUAUAAAACCAUGUUCACAAAUUAAGGAAUAAGACUGCCUAUGUCACGUGAUUGAGUUGGGAAAAAAUCUUACAGGGAUGCAACACCAUCCAUUUUGCUAAAAGAUUUAAAGGCAUAUGUUAAGGAGUUGCAUCAGUCUGGAGACUUGAUUUAGUUAAAUAACUCAAUUUCGUCAAAACCAACUUAGACAAAACGUUAGUAAGCUGUCGAAUUAUAGAGCCUAUUAUAUUUUGUUAUAUAGUUACUGCCAAAGUUCAAUUUAUCUGUUUGCCGACUGGUCAAAACCGUAUCACGUGCCGGUCCACAAAACGUCAGGUGCACAAUGAAACAUUUAUUGACCGGUCAAUUUAUUGACCGGUCAAAUGGGUGCAAUACGCAUGCGUGUCAACCAUGAAGUUCCAUAGUUCAUUUUUUAAGACAUUUGAACAGCAGUGAAUAGUACUUAAAAGUACUUUUUAAACCUUUGAAAACAAACAAGGGUCAGUCAAGUGUGCAAACAUUUUUGUCUCGAGUCGCUAGAAUUAAACCGAUCGUUAAAUUUUUUAGGCAAACAAUAAGUUACAACGUGUUCCUUACCUCGAAAAUAAUUUAAUGCAGUACUCACCUUUAUGUUGUGAAAUAUUCAAAAAUUUGUUCCUGACUACUACGAAUCGAACUCCUUCCCCGCUUCAGUGACUUUGUACGCCAUGUUGAAUAUUUCAACCACACUCGCUCGUACAAGCCCAAGACGCGGUAGAAAUAUGAAACAAGCCGUACAGAUUUAGUCAAAACUUAAUCAAAGCGAAAAUGGUAAAAGUUUUCUUGCAAUUCUCUGUAUGUAGCACCUUCCCUCGUUCGAAAAGUAUAAGCGCCAUAUUUUGUUAAAUUCUGCUGUGUAACUAAACCACCAUGAUCCUUAGCAAUUCCGCAAUUGGCCAAUUGAUUUCAGUCUAAUUACACUCCACUCAAGUAAAUUAACAUUAUUUCAGAUCGUGAAAGUGUUAUUGCACGAAAAGCAACGUGGUCAAGACUAAACCGUCAGACAGGUGGAGCAAUGGCAUACAAACUUCACGAGGUAUUUUGUUCGAAAAAAUAUCAUGUAUCAUUCAUUUUAUCUUUUAACCCGUAAUCCUGUAUAUAAGAAGCGGUGCGUUUUCCUUCAAACGAUACUGUUUUGUUUAAUUUUUUGUUUUCAUUUUUUUUUCUCUUAAUUUCUUUUCAUUUCAUUUGCUUUGUUUAAUUAAUUAAUUAUUUGCUUGUAUCUUUGUCCUAUUUCGUUUCUCUCUAUAAAGAUGUAUGUUCAGUUGUUUUUUGAUCAUCUCGUUUCUUUGUUUGUUAUUUUAUUGAUAAGAACCUCAAACGGGAAUUAGAAUUGCACCUCUCGCUCGUGUUUCACCAUGCACCAUUUUAAAAACACAAACAUUAGUCAGGGUUCAGAACAUUAACAGGUACAAUCAGUUAAAAUUCUCCGAAUCUAAAAACAAAAGUUCCAGGCCUUGAGACACAUUGGCUGUAUAAAGAAGUACUUGAAAGUCCUUAAAUUCUUCUUUCUUUAGUUUUUGCGUGCAUUGGUACAUAUUCUUUAAAUGUUUGACAUUACGAAACGGACAUUUUGUUGAAUUGCAUGAUUUUGUUCAUGUACUCCAAAGUUUGAACAGGUUUACGUCACUUUUCACUGAUUUCUAAUGGCUUCUUUUCAGGCUUUUAGUCCUUGAAUGACCGGAUAUCCUUGUCAUUAAAUUGUACUCUUCGUGACCAUGUACGAAAGCUGCUUAAUCCGAUCUCUCAACCCAAAGUAUAAGGUUUAUAUUUAAUGUCCCAUCAAUAUAGCCCACAGGAUAAAUGUCAAUUUCUCACAAGAACAAUCUACUGUAAUUAAAACUGCUAUCCUGUCUUCCUUCCCACCCACUUUCAUAUAAGGAAUGGAAAACAAGGCUGCUAGGUUAAUUAACUCUCAUCGACUCUCAUGUCUCAUCUUGAGCUGGUUGAAAUUUUGAUGAGAGUCUUGAGAGUAAAUGGUAAUAUUCUGUCAAUUCUCAAGAUCGAGAUCCUAUUAUGGUUUCAAUCUUUAUGAUCAGGCCAUCCUUGAAUGUUGAGAAAACUGUCAUCAAUUCUCAUCCUCGUGUGACAUGCAAGGCUUUGUAAUUCGCACAAUGUUUUAUAUAAUAUGGUUUCUUUUUUUCAGAGAGGUCCAAGUUUGGCGUUGGCCUUAACAACCACGGCAAAUCAGUUUAGUUCUUAUUGAAAGCUGGAAUUGUUUGGAUCUUCACAGCAGUUGUGUGGCAACAUAUUGCCAACCUUCGGAUUUGGAUUUUUAACGCGUGUAUAUAUUUAUCUUAAUUUUAUCAUUAAUGAAAACUUUUAUAAAUUAAUUUAUGAUGUUAUAAUAAUAUAA